UACCCCCUAUUAACGCUUUAGAAGUAUAUGACUGACUGUCUUAAUCUUUCUGAAAGAAAUAUCUACAUUUAAGCGACAUAGUAUUGUCAAAAGUAGGCGAUUGACACAUAUAGGCAAACGUCACAUUUCCUUAGAGGUAUUUAUCGUGGGCAAAGUUCCUGUCGAUAGCCUAUAAUAUUCGGCGAUGGUCGGGAAUGCGGUUUGCACUAGGCUGUACUUCUAUGUCUCUGUAGAUUUUAGGGGUGUCCAGUUAAGAGUUACAUCGUUUAGGGGUGACAAUUUGCUCCGUUUGCCUCAUGCAUGUGAUGCGUGCUCCGCACUAUUCUUAACUGACACCUAACUCUCAUUUGUGACUCUCCGAAGUUUGGCUCUGCCUGGCGACCGUACCCUGAUAACGAUUUCGACCGACAGGCCAAAACACAUGAUGGUAUCCAGUACAUGAGUAUGCGUGUUUUUUGUUUUCCACGUCCAGUAGUUCGCUGUCCCGCCCGGUUCUGCCACAGAACUAAAACAGUCCCGCGUACUGAGCAACAACGACCCUGCAAACGAUUCAAAUUAGCGCGGGUCGUCUUUUCAUUCAACACAGCCGUGACGUUGAGCGUAAUUCGACAGUCGCCCGGAAUGAGUAAGUAGCUGUAUUUAGGAGUAACACUGCUUACUCACUCGCAGGGGAAGAGACUAGAAAAGGUGCCUAGACAAAUGCUGGUAAUUCACACAGUCUAAAUUUGAGCGUCGCAAAACUCGCGGUUGAUACACAACAUGAACCCUAACCUCCCGUCCCCAUCUGCCGCCUCACCUCACAGGCUACCCGAGAUACUCUACACCUUCAGGUAACCUGGGAUGUUUACCAUCUUUUAGGCAACCUGCUGGGCAACCGACCGGAAAGGAGAGCACAAUUGGUCGCUCUACAGGGUGGAUGUUGCUCCUAUCAGCGACACCCGAUUCUCUGAACAAGGUCAUUUGGAGGACGUAGAAGAUGUGGAUGCCAAAUACACCUGCUUCUGGAUCGGCCGUCCAAAGACAGAACGAUGUGAUUCUGAAAUCGUCUUUGAUAUCCGGAACAGCAUCGUUGGACGAUUGUCCUACCUACCGCAGGGCAUCAACGACCGCCUUAUGAUACUGCGUCUGCCUCUCCGAAGAGCCACAUCCACCGCCGUCAUCAACGUCUACGCUUCCGCAAGGACCAACAUCGACGAGAAAAGUAACAAGUGCUGCGAUGCCCUCCUGACGUCUGUGCCGAAGGCGGACAGGCGGAUUGCUUUUGGUGACAUGAAUGCCCCUAUCGGACAGCCCGCGCUGCAAAGAAGGGUGUGCUGGGUCCCCGUGGACUCAGCAAUGGGAACAACACCUGGAAAACUGUUUGCAUUCUUCUCGACUGUUAUUCUCGCAUUUCUGACAUCUGACGUGUAUGUACUAAAAUAGGCCCGUAUGCAUGCAGGUGGAAGUUAAAUUAGGCUAGACAGUUAAAAAUCCAGCCUAUCGGUGUACGCCUGCCAACGCAUGGCAGCUCUCAAAUUCCUUGAGAACCUCGUUCGUACUAAACAGUACAGCGGCCAACAUGCUAAAACCUGCUGGGGUUUUACUGUCCAAGGGUUGUGAAUAUUGCACUACUUUUCCAUAAAACCUAAAAAGUAUUAUUUUCAGUGUCCAUCCGUUCGAAAGAAGUAAUGUUCGUAUAUGAAGUUCAUAAAAAGUUACAAAAAAUUGGUUGGAUGUGGUUUGGUAGCCCUACAUGAAGUAAACAAACCCCAGUCAUCUCUAAUACGGGACUGGUAGUAAUAGGGGUUUUUACUAUAGCUCCCUAUUCUAAAUCCCAACCGCUAACCCUAACCAUAACCACUAACCAUGAUCCCUAACCCUAAUCCCAACCCCAACAGUACUGUGUCCACCAGGUGGGGCUACCAAACCACAUCUUACCAAAAAAUUAGUACAUACACCCCAUCAACCGCCAAAUAUUCGUGUAAGUCUCUGAUAUAUGCUAGCCUAUUUAGCGGUAAAGUAUGUGAGCACUUUCACUUCCUAGCCCCGGUGUACCCGAAGCUUCAGUCAGAGUCCUGUAAUCGUUACGCGUCUGUGUUUAACUCCGUGGCCAGUGAAUUUGCCUAAGAAGCCCUCAACCCGCUGAGAUACGAGCAAUGAGGACGGCGUUCACCUAUGUAUCCUGCGGGACGGAAAAUGGCAUUUCCGAUAUAUCUUGAGGUCUCAGGCCUAGUGCUCACGCAGGAUUUCGUCUGGUGAAGAGCGGUCGAUCAUGGGGAUGUAAGUGUUAAAUUUUAAACGUCAAAAACCCUAUGGACCAUUGGGGGGAUUAGCACCUGAGGUUGGGGCAUCACUUUCUGAUGGCUGCUAAUAAUGAGUAAAUUACCGAGCUAGUUUAUCUAACUUUUGUAGGUGCCACGUCUGGAUGACGGAUAACUCAUGGCUACGCGGCAGCCUGGGCGAGCUUUAGACCCAGGAUAAACUGACGAACACUGGGCACCUGACGUACUGAAUGUGCUCCGAUCUGCAUCAUUGUGGCAGGAUUCGGAGUUUGUCCGUCUUUGUUUUAGCGUGAUAUUGUAUGCGGGGACAUUCAGCGUAUUUUCAAAAGUGACGAAGUAAUUUAUAACUCAUAUGUGCAUCGGAAGGGCCACUGUUUUUACUUCAGACCCGCUGUUUCUGGACAGCGUGCUGUCUUUACCACUGUCAGAUUUGCGUUCAUCGGAGCCAACUCCCUUUUGUUAUGCCCUACACCAGAACGUCAAAUGUCUGGGCAAUGUAUGCAAGUUUCCAACGCUGACGCAUGAAGUCCGCAGUUGGGCUAGGCUCGUCCUCGGAGAAGCCAGACAAGGCCGUAGACUCCAUCGCAAGUUUUUAUGUUGUCUGGGUUGGACAGAUCUAGAAGGAAAAAAGCGCUUUUCGGCUCAACACCAGAACACGAAUCAUGACACUAAGGUGGACCUUUCUGCAACUACUAGCCCCUUCCCGCCCCGCUCCCACCCCCGUCUGUUCGUUCUCGCACGUUUUCCCGUCCCGUCUCCUCACCCCGCCUGCAUGACCGCAACGUUCUCUUUGCGCCUCGGUUGCAGGCUUCUGAACCGACGUGAGGGCGACGGUCGCCGAGACGAGGUGCACACGCUGCGCGGUAGCGUACCCAGACUGGCGCACGCGUUUGAUCGAUGGAGGCCAUCAGUUUUUGCGGCUGUCUGA